AUGUCUCCGAUAAAGGACUUAAAUGUGAUUUACAUAGCGACCAACGAAGAUGAUACUGUCUCUCCAGGAGAUGUUAUUGUAGGCGCAGUGAUUUUUAGACUGACAAAAGACGUCAAAGUCAAGAGCGUUUCUCUGAAAAUCAAAGGAGACGCUUUCGCACAGUGGUCAGACGGCGACACAAAAUACUUUUCGCAGAGGAGAUAUUUCAAAGUGAAGAGCUAUGUAGUUGAAAAAAGUCCUAAAGGCACUGUACUUCCCCAAGGGGUCAACAGUUUAUUCUUCGCAUUUAAACUUCCAGACUGUGACAUGCCUUCAUCCUUCCAGGGGAAAAAUGGAAGAAUUUCCUACAUGUUGGAAGCAAAGAUAUCUAGGAGCUGGCAUUGGUCCUCUGAUGCACAAAAAGAGAUCAAGUUUAUGUCCAGGUCCAGUCCACACACUGUCCAAAUGAUGCAGCCGCAAUCUGGUUCAGUGAGUAAAAACAUGGGUGGUCGCUCCAAGGGACAGGUCCAGAUGUCUGCCACUAUUAACAGAGGUGUUUGUUCUCCAGGAGAAACUUUAUCUGUUGUUGCCAAAAUAUGCAACUCCUCUUCCAAGGAAAUGAGACCCAAAUUCAAACUUCAACAGAAAAUAGUGUACAGCUGCAAGAAACAUACUAAUCCCACCUCCAAGACUCUGUGCAAAAUGGUUGGGGACACUAUCAGUCCAAACUCAGAGCAAACUGUGUCCUGCAAAAUUAAGAUUCCUGGUGACAUUGCCCCCACUCUCCAUAACUGUGAUAUUAUCUCAGUUGAAUAUUAUGUCAAGGUGUAUCUGGACAUUAGUUUUGCCUUUGACCCAGAAGUGACGUUUCCACUGGUCAUCCUUCCUUCCAGACUUGCUCCCAUAUGGCCCGAUGAGACUUUAGGACAAUCUGUGGGGGAGGGUGGGGCAGCCAAGGCGACCAGUUACAAGGUACAUGUUGUACCUACAGGCUCAGGUGCUUGCCAAUACCCCACCCCCGAUCCCCCUCAGGAUGAUGACAUAAAAGGGGGCAAUUAUAACCAGUUGCCUCAAGAUGCUACUUCACUGGGGUCCUCAGCUCCAGCUUUCACAGUGGAUUCAGUGCAGCAACCAGCUAUUCUGCAGGGAGAACCAUCUCCAUUAUUUACUUCCAUUUACCAGCAUUAG